AUGAGCCAGACACCUGGGAGAUUUGUCCACGUAAGCCAUGGCGAGCUCUUCGUCAGUCGAGGUGCAGCAGUUGUGGAACACUUCACUGAACAUUUUGUGGCAGCUGUGUCACUGGAUGAUGGUUUUGAGAAGUAUGACACUUUGUCAAUUCUGCGACAAAAGCGAGCCGCCCGUGUCAUGAUGUCACCGCCCUCAUCACCCUCAUCCUCGACUUCCUUGUCCGAGGUUUUGCUGGUGAGUUCCCCAGGUUUUGGGGUGAUCGAUUCUGGCUGUGGUCGAACAAUUGUGGGUCUGGAGACCCUGAAAGAAUUUGAGCAGCUCUGGCGUGCCAAGGGCAUUCCAAUUCCUGUGCCUUUCCCUGAGGUGAACCAUUUCAAGUUUGGAAAUGGUCAACGAGAGACCACAGAUUCCUCAGUGAAACUCCCAGUUGUGAUUGCUGGCAGAUCCGGCAGCAUCAAAGCAGCCAUUGUGAAGGGAUCGGCGCCACUGUUGAUUUCCAGAAAUGCACUGCAACUGUUGGAGGCUGUUGUGAACUUUGGUCGGAAUGAGCUCUCAUUGUUUUCAGAUCAGAUCACGGUCCCUUUGACCAUCAACGCAGCCGGCCAGUAUGCGAUCAAUCUGCUCGACCAGGUAGGUGAUACGAAGCAGCCCUUUCAGGAAGUUCUGAUGAACACCACCACUGAGCCUUCGAAAUCCUCAGAGCCAUCCAGGCCAGCACAGUUAUCUGCCGACACAAGUGCAGGAAGUGGAGAUGCCAAAACAUCAGCAGCAGCGGCCGAUGUUCCAAUGGAAUCUGAGUCUCCAUCAACUGAUGGACAACCAGAAGGAUCGCUCAAUGAACAGACUGAGAAACCAGUUGAAUCCAGUAGUUCACAGUCUGCUGCACAUCAGACAUCCAGCAGUUUAAGUGGUGGUGACACCUCUGAUGAGUCUCAGUCCCAGUAUGGUCCAAUGCGUCGCAUACCAUCAAAGAAUGGCCCAGCAGCUCUGUACAGACCUCCAGCAAUGCGUGAGUCAGACUUUCUCGAAAUGAUGAAGGAAGUGGUUCCACGUUUGCUUGAACAUGCAACUAGUCCAGCAAAUGCUCAGACUGAUUCUCAGAAGCGACCCUUGGAGAGCCCGGAAUCAUCCGUUGAACCACCCAACUCACGUGCUCGCAUCGACGAUGCUGAAGCUCUGAGUGUGCAUGAAGCUCUGUCAGUUGAAGAGGUCAAUGAACUAUGUCACCAAUGGGAGAAUCCGCAAGUUUUCGUGAACGCAAUGUCUCUCACGCCUGAUGAGUCAGCAGAGUUGCAGCGCCUUUUGGCGAAGGCCAAAGGAAGAGCCGCACCUCCAAGAGCCUCUGACGAGUUUGAAGAUCAUGCCGUAUAUGACUCAAAUACGGGUUUGUUCAUUAACCAGGCCACUGGUGACACUCUCAGCAUCUGGGAAGAGCCCGAUUGGUCCCCAACGAUUGGAGCUAUGACCGAUGGAUCGAAGCGCCGUGAGGAGAUGGAUCUCCACAAUCCGGCCAAGAAGUUUGUGACUCCCAAGACUCAAGCACCUUUUCCUAUGCGUAUCUCUGGCGAAAUGGCUUCCGCUUCCUAUGCUGCCAAAGGCUCUGGAAUUGAGACACCCUUUCCCAUGUCAGGAGAGAUGCCUGUGCCUGAGAAGGGGAUGCUUCCCGAGAUGCCACCAGACAUCUCCGAUGUUGAGACAUGGGGUCGCACGCUGAUCAGCUUUGGUACCUACAAGAAUGCCAACAUGAGCUAUUUUGAUUUGAUGGUUUCUGAUGAUGCCCGUGCCGUGAAUUACAUCAAGUGGUGUCGUGCUCACAGCAAGAAUGCUCAGGGCCAGUUGCGUGAUUUAUGCAACUACAUGAUGCACUUCUACCAAGAUGAUAUGAGCUCUGGAGUUCAAAUUCCGGGCACACAGCAAGUCCGUCGUUUCAAAGCCUAG